AUUGUUGUAUGCGCAUGUGCGGCGCAGUGUGGUGGGGCCUCGGACGUCUCGGACGAAAGAAAUGUAUCCCAUCGGUUCCUUCAUCACGCUCUGUGUCCUCGCAACGAACAUGGUGGCCCACGGCCUGGACUGCUUCAAGUGCGUCUCGCUGGACCGUGAGAACCCGGCUUGCGAGGACCCUUUUCACAACAACUACACUGCCGACCUGCUCGUAUCACCCUGCAUGUCGUCCCGAAAAAACCGCAACGGGCUUUUCCCGGCCACCGCAUGCAUCAAGCUCAACGGCGUCUACGAGGAGACCGGGCAGACAAUGGUGGUGCGCAGCUGCGCGCUCGACAGCGGGACGCUGACCGUGGACACGGAGAUCGUUCGCAUGAGCCACUGCGGCGGCUUCUACUUCGAGGACCGCUACGUGCGGGGCUGCCUGCAGAGCUGCUUCGAGGACGCUUGCAACGCGGCCGGUGGUGGGCCACGCUGGCGCCCGAUGAUCAUGCUGUCAGGGCUCUUCCUCGCCUCAGUCGCCAGAAUCGCGCUGGCGCGCUGAUAGGUGGCGACGGGUCGCGGAAUGAAGCUAGCAAAGACUGUUGUUCACGCGCCACCUCAUGCCGCGUGUCGGCUACAGGUGUGCGUGCAUGUGUGUGCGUGAGUGUGUGUGUGUACAUAUAUAAUUCAGCCUUGUGCGGGGGCUCCCGUAUGACAAAUAAGGGGCCAGGAAACAAGCGCGGUGCGCGGGGUUUUGCAGAUAUAUGCAUUCGCAUCCUAUAAAGUGCUCGCAAGAAUAUGUAGGUCGGCGCUCGCCACUUACGUUUGUAGGCUUUUUCUUGUUACACGCGCCUCAUUCAUCGACUCGUGCUUUAAUCGCACGUGGUGAAGCCUCUGUUGUUGCUAGAAAGCUGAAGUGGUGGAAGCCGGAAAUGCAUUCUAUACAGACGGCUGCUACGCUGCGCGUCCAACACCCUGUGACCUGUUUCAAGACCAGUGCCACAUCAAGAGCCUCUGAGGCGUGAUCGGUUAAGCACUUCCACAAGUCGCCGGCAAUUUGGCUAUAUGCCGGAGCCACCGAAAGGAACCUUAUCAUAAGAGUGCGCUUUACUCCCGGCUGCAAGAGCCACAUUCACCGUAUUUACUUUGUUUGCUUUACAUAAAAAAAAAAUCAGAUUAUAGCAAAAACUGAACAUUAAGCCGAAGACGUAUGUGACAACAAGCGAUUAAAAAUACGGGGUUUACGGGUCUUCGCUAUACCGUUGCUUAAGGUCUGCAUAUAUACAACCAGAAGCGCCUCGUUCUAAAGCACUUACAUAAAAGGUAGGAGUUCGGGGGAAGACGAAAGCUUUAAGAGAUGAAAAAUUCUUGAACACGGCGGUUGUCGCUGGAGCCAAAGUUUCGACAAAGCCUUGACAAAGCCAAGUCUGCUUGGCGAAACGUUCGCGUGUUUCGACAAGCAGACUUGCAUUUGUCAAGGCUGCAACUGUUUGUCGAAACUUUGGCUCCAGCGACAACCCAUGUUCAAGAAUUUUUCAUCUCUUAAAGCACUUACGCAUUAUAUAGAGCGUUCCAACAUCACUUCAGCCCUCUCAUGAGGGAACCGCGCCUAGUUUCUAAAUGUGAGCGGUGCCUAGCUAUAACAAAGGCCCUAUAUCGAAAUGGACCAUGCAAACUCAGCCAAGUAAUAUGCAGGAAACAGAAAAAAAUGUUGAUACUUUAUGGAGCCGUAAAAUAAACACGAAAUCGUGGCAAAAACUUGGAGGUUCCACUUGCACAGUUCAAAUGUGCAAGACAAACUUGUCCCCUCUUGGCUGUAAUACGAGUCCUUAUAGCAUUUACGUAUAGGCGUUCAUGAAGGAACGAAGGAAGGUUAAACUACAGGUCUUAUAUCACGAAGCAGUUCUCGAAAUUUCUUCGAGCAGUGCACCAUCGCUGUACAAAUACCCUCAAGUAACGAUAUCGUCCAAAUUAAUUUCGGACGGUCUUGGAGGGAACCGUUCUACCGAAACGACUGAUGUAUUGCGCUGUGCGGGUAAUUUUCGUGGUCGCGGUACAUCCGCCUUGAUCAUACAUAUGAACCCUUAGAAAAGCUCAUUGCUGUUAGCUCCUUUUGUUCAUGGUUGGAACGUUGUUGUCCAUUGACAUAUUUUACUGCUGCAAAACACUAGAGAAACAGUUGUGUGGACAGAAACAAGUUAGGAUCUGUAAACGAAACCAAUCGGAGAAUAUCACUGCUAAAGACUUUUUUUUUUUUCGCGUCGCCGGUAUCGGUCAGCGAUCGCACUUUUUUUUAUUAUAUGAUGUUUAGGAGAUGUUGGCGCUUUUGUAUAGCACCGGCUACUCUUUUCACGGUGAUAAAAUAUGUUAAAAUCACAGCAAUGAAAAAAAAAAGUUACUUAAAAGAACAGCUACUUCUAUCGCGGUUCACGCCAUGAGGUGUUUCAUGCAAAGCAUACGGCGUUAUGAUUGGCCACUUUGAUUAGGGAUAUGAACAAAAAAAAUGCAAUCUUCCUUUGCAUAUUCAUGGACGCUGUCCGUCAAGCGUCUAAGGUUCUAGAUAGACCCCUUGGUGAGAUGGAACUCCUAAGCAUUGUUGCGUGGACAGAACCUACUGCGUUAUAAGUAACAGUAAACUCACAACUUUUCAUUAAAAGUCAAAUGAUAAAAUACUUCACGGCUCAUAAAGCCGUCUCUGAUAAUUUGCUAGGAAAUUCCCACUAAUUGUAGAUUAAUCAUAUGACCAUAUAGUUACUUUUUGUUUCCUUAGUCGCUAUAUUCUUCCACAAUAAACAUUUAUUAUCAAAGAUGAGGAUAUAUUUCUCUUCCGCAAUAAACAACACGUAUCUGACUUGCCUGCUGCAGCCCUUGCUUAGUACACAAAUGUUGCUAAUAUCAGUUGCUAUGACAAACUUCUUAUUGAAAAGGCUCACUGGAGUUCACCCUGCAUGAAAUAACACUUUUUACGCAAGUAUGCAAUCAGUGACCGUGAAUAAUAAUUUAAAUUCAUGAUCAUCAAUGGCCUGUACACUCACGAGGUCCUUACGCUAGAGUCGGUCGUGAGAGUAGAUACCAGUCGAUUGCCAUACCAUCAGAAAAGGCGGCCGGCCGACAGUAAAUAGGGCAUACUUGGCAGAUGAUAAUUAUAACAUUCUUCGAGCGUUGUGCGCAACUUGCGAUUAGCACAAGCGCACUUAUACGUUUUGUCGUAAAGUGACUAAAAAAGCUUACCGUAUUCAGCUAUUCGGCAAAAAUUCUUCGUAAGAGCACAUUGCAGCCAAUCCCUAUACGCUGGACGCAUCGCUGACGAAAGGCGGCAAGCCAAUGGCAUAGAGCUUUGUGAAUUCGGCCCCAGAAGAGGAAAAGCUUCUCGCGGAUGCUGACGUCUUGUUUGAUAAGCUGACUUGAAGGGGCCCUGCAACGCUUUUGGGCAUGGCCAGAAAACGCUGCCGAUCGGUUGUCGAGGCUCCUGAGAACAUGUGAGCCAAAGGACGGGGCCUGGAUUUUAUAACUAAUUUUCAAAGUCAGCAAGAAAUCGCUCGCUCUUCUCUCAACAAAUGCGUCAUAAACACAAAGUCCACGGCCAUUGGCUGAUUUCAGCAUCGAGAGCUGUAUAGUUACCACGGCCGCCGCGGGACACCGCGACGUGCCCGCGCUGCACCCUGAAAGCAAGCCGCGCGUUCAAAGAAAAAAACAGAAAAGAAAGUGCUCAAGGUGACGCGUUUUGACGAACGGACGAAGCGUCUUGCCCCGUUGUCAUCUCCCCCUGCGUAGCUUUCAGCGCGCUCGCUGGUACGAAGGGAGAGAGAAAGCGCUUCAAACGUGCGACAAAUCUCCGUAACUCCGCUCGUACUUGACGGAUUCUAAAGAUUCUUGCGGCAGUCGUGAUGCGACAAACUCCUUUAAUGAAGUCAUUAGAUGAUUACUUGGAAAAGUGUUGCAGGACCCCUUUAAAAGCGCUUCUAGGUGAGUAUAUAUGUCAUUAGAGACCUUUGACGAAUGGCGAAACGCUUGGCUACAAGAAGGACGCGGUUUUUGUUAAACGUUGAAUACAUUUCCGCAUAUUAAUAAAGGUUCGCAUCUCUGCGAGGGUUCAGAUCACCCUCGGUCACGCCUUUUAAAAUGCACGAAUUUUUUAGCCAAGUUAGUACUCACCGUUAGCGAGGAACCUUCGACCGGUUUGGCAGAGUUUCGCUACAGGGUAUACGAUAGAAACCCAUUUGUUUGCAUUGAAAGAAGUGUGUUUCAGAAGGUAGAAAUGUAUUCAAGUAUGACUGGAAUGAUUCGUUUCAGCGACACUAAGAAACGGUGAAGCCGCCUAUUAUCUCGUCGGCACCUCGUUUGUGAAUAGGAGGCGCGCGUCAUACAAUCAGCAUCAUAUAAUGCGAUUUCGCGACGAAGUAUGGUCUGUGACAAGUCAAGAAAAGUGAUGACGAUGUGAAGAGGGUGCUCGGGCAAGUAAAAACAGGAUGCUUGUGCCACGCGAAUGCGGCGGAACGCUAAUUGUUAAUCGUUGCUCGAAACUACAUGUUACUGAGUUGUCCGGCUAUUCACAGGGUACUUAUAACCCUUUGUCGCGUCCUAUAUGUAUAGCUAAAGUUUUCUACGAGCCCCGUUAAGCAAAGCUCAUUACAUUCGUACUUAUUUCACCGUGGCUUGAUUACUGUUCUGCAACACUUCAUACUUGUGAUUACCCCUUUUACCCCUUCCCCUACAGAUGUCGCCCCAAAAGAAAAACAGCAGCCUAUUUUCGCUAUUAUAAAUACCACAAUAAAAUAAAGCACCAGCUACAGCGCGUGUUCACGUUGAAACAUAUAUGAUGUUGUUCGCAUCGCAAUGAAUCCCACUGAUAUGUGGCGUAUCCCUCCUUGUCGCUCCAUAACCUCACCACGUCAUCAGGCAGCGCUGAAAUUAUUUGGCGAUUGCUUCCCGUUGUCAACCAUUCUUUGAACUGCACGGAAUGUUGUAAUGCGCUCGUUUCACUACGAUGUGUAUCAAAGGCGAUAGAUGCUAUAAGAUUGAUGUGGUAGUGAUAGCCAGCUGCAGCAAAAGACAACAGACCUAACAGGACGAACUUGAGGUGCAAGGGGCGCAUUAAAACACUGCGAGCUUUGGUCUCCGCAGCAAGAUCUCUCGGACAAGAUAACAUCUCACUUGAAGACGACGCCGCGGAGAAGCUAGCAAGAUGCCACUCUUAUGUGCGCUUCUUUACAGAGAAGCUUGCUUGCGGUGUUUAGAACAUUUACUUGGGGUGCUUUCCUCACACAGGCCGCGACAGUAAGGUGAAGCGAUUGCAACAGGCUUUCCUCCGCAAUGUUUCCCAUUGGCUGUAACAAAGCGGCUACGACUGAGCACACACUAGCAAUUACAAGCGUGCCAGCGUGCGCUGAAAGUCCUUCAAGCUAUACUUACGGGCGGUUAAACGUCUUUUCCGCACCCAUUGUCACGGAAUGAUGUGCACGUCCAUGGCAGCACAGUGAGAGAAUUCAUAUGGCAACUUCAGUUUUUUUUUCUAACACGAAUCCGUGGCAUAAUUUGUCAUACAGCUAAUUAGAAUAUUUCGCCUGUUUCAUGCAAUCGUGCACCUUCACAAGUAACGAAGGAGAUUCUUUUUGGAAGCUAUGUGCAAUGGAUGAGUGCUAAUUAUAACAAAGCAUUAAUUCAGUAUUUUGAGAAACUCGGCAUGUUGAAAUGUCGAGAAUGCGGUCGUAACUUUCGGUGAACGGGUACGUCAGGGGAACACCGAGACAUCCUGAGCAUGCAAUUGAGAAUUACUGUAAAGCUAUAUGGUCUACUUAGCACCCCCCCCCCCCCCCAACUCCAACUCCAAGCACCGUGAUAAUAAACGAAUUUUUUGGGCUAACUAGCACAUGGGAUAAAAACGAAAGUGUACGGCGCGCAAUAAAACACUUAAGCGCAGACUCGUCUAUCAUCUUGCUUCUUCUAUAGUAGCAAUUACUACACACAGAACCUUCAUUUUUUGUGAAGCACCAGUAGAACGCGAGCGUGCAAGCCGUGGCUGCGUUGGAUGCUGCCGUGUCAUAUGUGAGAAUAAACGAGGACGUGGAAUGUUCCGUCGUGCCACUGAGUCGCCACUACCCGUGCCGUUCAACACAAGUAGUGGCGCGUAACAUACGUGCUGGCAAGGUUCCAUGAAUUGAGACAGGCAAUAACUCAACGUCUCCCACAUGUAUAGUUGAUGUCACAAUGCCUGUACGAACGUAACUACGUUAGGGGGUGAAUGCGCGAUUUCGUUAGGAAGCGCGCAGUGACUAAGGCAUCAACUCAAAAAGCUUUCCUGUAGGCUUGAUGGCAUCCAGCGCCAUCCACCUUUAGUUGUAACUGCUGUCGGCGUACACGAGCGCGACGUCACGUGUCCGAUUUUCCAGGCGCUAUCUUCGAGGAGGAGUUGAUUUCUAGCGACAGCCAAUGGCAUCCCUGGGAAAAAGCAUGCCGCAUUAUUGCUAAAGGUUGUUACACUUUCGAACCGCAAAAUGCUGAGUGAGGAACCACGCCCCAAAGGUAGUUCGUGCUUGCUUUUCUCGUUAUUUUUAUUUUUUCGUAAAUACAACAAUUAACUGAAACAGUUCGCUCUCCUGGCAACCAGGCAGGUCAGGUGAACUCGGCAGAAAAUGAAAGGCAACAGGAGGAUAAGAGCAAAACUGACUCCGGGCUCCCGUGGGCGCGCAAUUGGUUUUGGGGACCAAACUCACGUACAGGCCUUAAGUAUUAACGACUUAUUCUCGGGAACAUCCGCAUGUUAGGAGCAUAAGUUUACGAUCCCCGGCAUCCUAACAGCUCAUCAACGAAGGAGUUCAGCCCAUUCUUCAUCAACUCUCUCACUUUUGCUGACAAAACAAAAUCUAGCCAUGCCCACUAUUUCAACGACAUUACUGCAGUGUAUAGCUUGUUCUUGACGACUCUCUCAAACGUUUGCGGCAUCUGUAUGCGAUCAACUCGCGAAGUGUUAAGAACACAUGCUAUAGCACUUUAUUGACCUUGGGGCCGUCAAAAAGAGCGCGAUUUGGAUAAAGUGGGCCAACACCUUAAGAAGUACUGAGCGCUUUCGUUGUGUACUUAACAUACGCCUUCUAUAUAGGAACGACGAAGUCCCACUUAAAAACGAUGCUUCAGAAGAGAGAGAGAGAGAGAGGGGGGGGGGGGGAGGGGAGAGGGAGAGACAAGAGAAAGGGAGAGCACAAACGACUGAAAUGUGCGGGUUCUCAGUCAUUCCGCAUAGCGUCACGACUAUAAGCCUGCAGGCUUUACGUUAUCACAAAGGUGUCGGAGUGGAAAGCGUCAAGCAAAAGCGUCAUUUUCAAAAGGGCCAUUUUCAUGAAACGCGCUUUGCAAACGCGAAUGUCGUGUUCACAAACUGCCCACAGGAAAAUAUCCAGCAACAAUCCAUCGCCGUACAGCUUAUGAAUAAUUUCGAUUUGGUGAGCGCUUGAUGUUAGCCAGUUAAGCGAAUGUAACUAUCGUUAGCGAGACUUGAAAGCUUCGCCGGGUGACGUGCUGUGUAUGCGAACGUUAUUAUAUCAUUACAUUGGUUCAAGCUUUGCCGCGAAUGUUGUUGUUGUUGUUUGCUGUAUACAAGGCCUGCUGCGCGCAUAUAUAAAUAAAUCAUUGUUUAUCUCA